AUGACGGGCGGCCCGGCCCCCGCGCGCGGGCCGCGCACCCCCAACCUGAACCCCAACCCGCUCAUCAACGUGCGCGACCGGCUCUUCCACGCGCUCUUCUUCAAGAUGGCUGUCACCUACUCGCGGCUCUUCCCGCCCGCCUUCCGCCGCCUCUUCGAGUUCUUCGUGUUGCUCAAGGCGCUGUUCGUGCUCUUCGUGCUGGCCUACAUCCACAUUGUCUUCUCGCGCUCGCCCAUCAACUGCCUGGAGCACGUGCGGGACCGCUGGCCGCGGGAGGGCAUCCUGCGCGUGGAGGUGCAGCCCAACUCCAGCCGCGCGCCCGUGCUGUUGCAGUUCUGCGACGGUGGUGGCGCGGCCUCGGAGCCCGAGGACGAGGAGGAGGAGCUGAGCAUGGAGAUGUUCACCAACAGCUCCGUCAGGUUUGAGCUGGACAUUGAGCCCAAGGUGUUGAAGCCGCCGGGCGGCGCCGAGGCCGUGAACGACAGCCAGGAGUUCCCCUUCCCGGAGACGCCCUCUAAAGCGUGGCCGCAGGACGAGUACAUCGUGGAGUACUCCCUGGAGUACGGCUUCCUGCGGCUCUCACAGGCCACGCGGCAGCGGCUCAGCAUCCCCGUGAUGGUGGUCACGCUGGACCCCACGCGGGACCAGUGCUUCGGGGACCGCUUCAGCCGCCUGCUGCUGGCCGAGUUCCUGGGCUACGACGACAUCCUCAUGUCCAGUGUGAAGGGCCUGGCCGAGAACGAGGAGAACAAGGGCUUCCUGCGGAACGUGGUGUCGGGCGAACACUACCGCUUCGUGAGCAUGUGGAUGGCCCGCACGUCCUACCUGGCCGCCUUCGUCAUCAUGGUCAUCUUCACCCUGAGCGUGUCCAUGCUGCUGCGCUACUCCCACCACCAGAUCUUCGUCUUCAUCGUGGACCUGCUGCAGAUGCUGGAGAUGAACAUGGCCAUCGCCUUCCCCGCUGCGCCGCUGCUGACCGUCAUCCUGGCCCUCGUGGGCAUGGAGGCCAUCAUGUCCGAGUUCUUCAACGACACCACCACGGCCUUCUACAUCAUCCUCAUCGUGUGGCUGGCUGACCAGUACGACGCCAUCUGCUGCCACACCAGCACCAGCAAGCGGCACUGGCUGCGGUUCUUCUACCUGUACCACUUCGCCUUCUACGCCUACCACUACCGCUUCAACGGCCAGUACAGCAGCCUGGCGCUCGUCACCUCCUGGCUCUUCAUCCAGCAUUCCAUGAUCUACUUCUUCCACCACUACGAGCUGCCCGCCAUCCUGCAGCAGAUCCGCAUCCAGGAGCUGCUGCUGCAGGCGCCCCCGCCGGGCCCCGGCGCCCCCGCCGGGGUCCCCGGGCCUGUGGCCGAGGCGCCCAGCUCCCUGGUGGCGGCGGCAGCCUCCGUGGCCGCGGCGGCCAGCGGCGAGCUGGGCUGGAUGGCGGAGACGGCCGCCAUCAUCACGGACGCCUCCUUCCUGUCCGGCCUGAGCGCCUCCCUCUUGGAGCGGCGGACGGCCGGCCCCCUGAACCCCAGCGGGGGGCUACCCCGGGCCCCCCAGGACAGUGCUCCUCCGGGCGACUCCCCAGCACCUGAUGUGGCGUCCCCGGCCGCGGCGGGGAGUGGGCCCAGCGCUGAGACUGUGGCCCCAGCGGACGCGCCCUCGGAGGUCGUCUCCUGA